ACUUCACCGUCACGCUGCACCGCACCGUCUCUGGGCAGGAGCAGGUCAGCCUGGUGGACCCGCAGUACCUGCCUCGGAGACAUGGUGAGGCCAGGUCUGGGCGCCCUGAUGGGGAGCGUCCUGGCUUCGGGGGGCCUGGGGGCAGGGUUGCAUGGCCCCUAACCUUCGUGGCCCCAUGGAACACCGGGGGCUCGGAGAUGGGAGGGGAGGGUCCCCGGCUCCCUGGAGACGUAGGGUUUGGGAGGAGGGUGAAGAUACCGGGCUUCAGGCUGGGCCCAGGGCACAACUCCAGUCACCUGAAGUGCACCUGAGGCGCAGCAGGAAGGGACACAGUGAGACACGUAGGACGGGAGCGGCUGGCCAGACCGGGGGCUCUCUUUGUCUGGCUGCAGGGCCUGGAGUUGCUCACCGUUGUCUUGUCCCUCCUGGGGCCUCGCUGGGAGACGUCACCAGCGAGGAGACAGAGUCCUGCCUCCCAGGAGGGCCCCGGGCUGGGAGGGCCAUGACCAUGCCCCCGCCCCCUGACCCCCAGCCUGUUUCAGACCUCGUUCCUGGGCAUGCCAGCAGACACACCCUCACGCAGCCCCACUCUGUUUCAGUGAAGCUGGACCCUCCCUCUGACUUACAGAGCAAUGUCACCUCUCACUAUUGUGUCCUGACCUGGAGGAUCAGCCCUGCUCUGGAGCCCCUGACCGCCAUCCUCAGCUACGAGCUGGCAUUCAAGAAGCAGGAAGAGGGCUGGGAGCAGGCCCAGCUCAGGAACCACAUCGUCGGGGUGACCCGGCUCUCGCUGGACGCUGUGGAGCUGGACCCCGGGUCCCACUAUGAGGCCCGGCUGCGGGUCCGCAUGGCCACCCCGGAAACGGACGUGGAGGAGGAGCUGCGCUAUGAGGGCCAGUGGAGCGAGUGGAGUCGGUCUGCCCGCUUCCCCUCGCCCCCUCGCCCUGACCGAGGCCCCCUGUCCUCCUCUCGGGGGCAGCCCGGCAGCAGCACCCUUGUUGCUGUACCCGUCUUUCUGCUGCUGACCAGCCUGAUCUACCUUGUGUUCAAGCUUUCACCCAGGGUGAAGAGGAGCCUCUCCUGGAACGUGCCCUCUCCGGCGGCCUUCUUCCAGUCCCUCUACAGUGUGCACCACGGGGACUUCCAGACCUGGACAGGGGCCCGCAGAAGCGGUGUGCUGCCGAGCCAGGACAGUGGCUGUUCCCCACGAGGAGCCUCGGAGUCCGGCGUCCAUGAGGACAUCGCGUGGCUGACCUAUGACCCAGUGGACCCCUGGCAGUCAGUGAUCCUGGAGGAGGAGCAGGAGGGCCCUGGGGCUGGCCUCCUGGAGGCUGCACUGCUGGCCAGGCCUGUGGUCCAGGGAGGCCAGCCGCCUGCCUACCUGCCGCAGAAGGACUGGGCCCCCACGUGUCCCCUCAGGCCAGCUUCCCCACCGUCAGAGGGCGGCAGCCGUGACUACUGGACCCUGGGCUGCUCCGGGGGUUGCCACACCCCCACUUUCCCAGGAAACUCACCGAGCACGGGGCCCAGCCCGGCUUUGGCCGGGGGCCCUUCCUGUGACCAGCAGAGCCUGGACGCCCAGCCAGGAAGUAGUACUGUGGGAGCCGGUCACGGCCAGUGGCAAGACCCCGCUGCACAGGGCGUGUGAGGACCCCAGGGCCUUUGCUUCACCCCCAGCCUUCAGAGUCACCCGUUUCAUCUAGAAUGCUGACUCGGUCAACUGCACAAAGUCCGUUUUGUGGAAAAUGGAUGAAAGUCUCUCUGAGAACGGAGCCCUGUGCAGACGUCCUGUCUGGUUGGGGGCAGGCCGGCCGGCGACCCCUACCCCCAUUCUCCCUGCCCUGCCCGCCACCUCCCUCCCUGCUCUUGGGCUCUGUCCCGGCCCCCCAGAGAAGGGCGGUGUUGGCCCCGACCCCCUUAGAGGGCCGGUUUGCUCCUGGCAGGCACCACU